AUGGAUCACAGCUAUUCUCAAUCCCUGCAAGCAGCGCCACCAGCUCCAGCCUCGCAAGGGAGGGCGCCUCCAUACCAGGCCGCGAUCCACGCGGUGCAAAAGCCACAGGGGAAGCCGUGGAGGAGGCCCGACCAGCCUCCGCCGCCGCCCAGGGUGUACCGGGUUGAUCCCCGGGACUUCCGCCAGCUGGUGCAGAGGCUGACGGGCGCGCCCCGAUCGGUGCCUCCGCCGCGUCCACUAAACGUGGUGGCCUUGCCGCCGUUCACGCAGCGGCGUGUUGUUGGUGGCGGUCCAGACGCCGCUGUUUCCAUCAACCAGUCUCCUGCAGGGUUCCUGGGGAUACUGCCUCCUCGUCCACUGUACUCGAGCUUGCGUCCUUUCCCACUUCUUGGCCCUGCGGAUCCAAUGGGGAGCAUGGAGCAGCUAAUCCACUCUGAUCUCUAGUAUAGCAUGGACUCCUUUUCUCUGUGUUGAGCCUUUGAGCAGCAGUGAAUGAGCUGCUGUGUUACAUACUGUGGAUGCAAUGAGGCAGAAUAACUUUAGCAGCAUCUCACCACCAAUAAUUUCUAUCUUCCAUCCAAAAUAAUUGUCAACAUAGCUUGGUAGUCUUUGAUAACCUCAAAUCUUCCAUGAUAGUGUAUUGAUGCAGGUAAAAUUAGCACGCAAUCAAUAUGAUGGUGCUACUUUUCAUCACAGACUAUAGCUGGAUAUUGGUAGUAUCGAUCAUAUUAAGUAGCAAUAAAUGCCUAAGGUUGGCUUUGCACCCAUCUGGGUUUGUUUUUUGGCACCUAUAUGCUUAC